GGAUACCUCACCUCCAGCAUCUCUCACCAUCUCUCACCGCUCCCCAGGAGUCUACGGCAACGUCAGAGCCAAGAUGGGGCGGAAAGAGAUCAUCUGCAGCUGGAAGAAAAGCACCAGUAACAUCAAGGACAUCUUUGACUUCAAGGGCAAAAUGGGAUCGGGGUCGUUCUCCGAGGUUUUCAUGGUGAGAGAGAAGCAGACCGGGAAACUGUACGCCCUCAAGUGUCUGAAGAAGAAGCACCUCGUCCACACCAACCUGGAGAAUGAAAUCAAUGUGCUGAGAAGGAUAAAACAUGAGAACGUGGUGGGACUGGAGGAUUUCUAUGAGACUCGGACUCACUAUUACCUGGUCAUGCAGCUGGUGUCAGGCGGAGAGCUGUUCGAUCGCAUUUUAGACAAAGGGGUUUACACUGAGAAGGACGCCAGCACAGUGAUUAAACAGGUGCUGCAGGCUGUGAGCUACCUGCACAGUGACAGCAUCGUACACAGGGACCUUAAGCCUGAGAACCUGCUGUACUACAACACAGAUGAGAACGCUAAGAUCAUGGUCAGUGACUUUGGUCUGUCGAAGACACUGGAGCACGGCGUGAUGUCCACAGCCUGCGGUACUCCAGGAUAUGUUGCCCCUGAGGUUUUGGCUCAGAAACCCUACAGCAAAGCAGUAGACUGCUGGUCCAUUGGAGUGAUCACCUACAUCCUGCUCUGCGGCUACCCUCCGUUCUUUGAGGACAAUGAAACUCGUCUGUUCUCAAAGAUCAUGAGGGCUGAGUAUGCCUUUCAUUCACCAUUCUGGGACGACAUCUCUGAGUCAGCAAAAGACUUUAUCAGGAACAUGAUGGCGAAAAACCCCACGAAACGCUUCACCACUGAGGAGGCACUCAGACACCCCUGGAUUGCUGGAGACACAGCUAAAGACUUGGACAUUUAUCAGUCUGUCUGUGAACAGAUGGAGAGAAACUUUGCCAAAUCCAGAUGGAAGCAAGCCUUCAACGCAGCCUCUGCAAUUCAUCACAUGAAGAAACUGCAUUCGUCCCACAAUGAGCCCUCCUCUUCACCCCUCUCCAUGCCCAAGAUCCUUGUCCAGCCCUCCUCCCAGAACAAUCUGGAUGCACUGGGAUCCUGCCAAGACAAGGCCGCCGCCCUCGACCCCAACGGGAAUCCUGUUCAUGCUGCCAAUCACCUGUCCUGCAGUAACUCUGAGUCGGACAGAGGUCUCUGUCCAUCACUGAGAGCCAGUCACAGUGAGCCCGGUCACACUCUCACUGUGGAUGAGUCAAGAGAGGUCCAUAGCUUUCAUUCAGAGAGCGAUGCUCCUUUCAGGCCAUCCAAGAGUGUGGAUGCUGUGGCUCAGAGGAAGGACCAGCCGCUCCAGUCUGGAGUUUGUUCUGUCAUGUGAAUGGUUGGCUGACCUGAGAAAAAUCUCUGAAGACGACAGUGGCUUCCUUCUUCACGUGAAGGUGUUGACACGUCUGCUGUUAAGCUUUGUCGUGUGUGUUAUGUCUCUCUGUUGCUGAAAACAUUUCAUCAGCAGACACAGUGUGGAGUGACUGUCGGUGAACAACAACUUAAAAGAGACAAAAGCAGGAAUUCAUCAUUUAGACUUCAUAUAAAAUCUUGCUGCGCUGAUGGCAUUUAUUUUCUUAAAACUAUUAUUAAUGUAUAUUACUGUCAACAAGUUACUAAAUUAUAUAAAAAAAAUUUAUUUGUUUCAAAUAGAGAUAGGUGACAUAUGCAAUGUGAAAGCUAAUCAAUGAUUUUUGAAUUCUCUGUAUGUCAUUACUCAGAUAAUUUAUUCUUUGCUGUCAGACGCUAAACCUAAAGCUGGGAAUGUAACUUUAACUAUAGCGUUCAGAUCCUUCUGAACCCUGGCGGCAGAUUUUUGGACAUGUAUCAUUAUUUUGCCAUUCAUGCUGAAUUACACUGAUGCAUUGAGUCCAGGUACCACUUAACACACAGACGCUGCAUCUGUUUAUGAGAUUAAACUUCAUGUUGAGGUGGAGGCACUGACACAGUGACUGUGUUUGCUGUGUCUCCCGAUAUGCACAUAAGCUGCUCCCUUGUAAAGAAACUGAAUUUAUCAAGUGCCACAAGCUGGUGUGAACACUAGUUACGUCAUGGAUGAUUCUGAAUUCACACAUGUAGUGAUGCACACGCAUGUUUCUUUUGUAUUAUUUUCUCAAUAAAU